AUGGAUGAUGAAUUGUGCGGCGUUCUUGGUCUCGAUAUGGUCCCGCUACCCAAUGCCCCGGUGUUGCCCAAUGCCGCCGUGACAUGGUCGCCAACACAUCGCCACGCGGGCGCCUUUUAUGCCACGCCGCACCUGGAGCUCAACAUGCCACUCUUUUCCGAGUUUACGACGAUCAAAGGCCGCCGGGGGCUGCUGGACCACUUCUCCAACGUGCUAUCGCACCUCAUCGUGCUGCGCGAGGACGAGAGCAACCCAUUCCAGCAGCUGGUGCUGCCCAUGUCGCGGCAGAGCCCCGCGGUGGCGAGCGCCAUCUACGCGCUAUCGAGCGCACAUCUCGAGUUUAGGGGCGUGGCGGGCGUCGUCGAAAAGAGAAGUAUCGAGUUUCACUCGGAGGCAGCGCGCAACCUGGCCAACUUGAUUGAGAGAGGCGCGCAGGGGAACCAGAAUGAGCUACUGGCGGCCGUCAUACUGCUCAUAUACUACGAGGUGCUGGUGCAUCGCGAGCGUUCUCAAAUCGUCAACGGUCAUCUCAAAGGAGCGAUGGCUAUCCUGAACAGUGUCCCCGCAGUGCCAGAUCCAACAAGAGCUUUGAACUGUGGCACCGCGACGACAGAUCCUACAAGAGCGUUUCUCGAGCGCGCAUUUCGGUUUUACGAUGUGAUUGCGGCACUCUCUUUUCGGACACCGACUCUUUCUGCUGCACCUGAACCUGAUUCCUUUGGCCAUUUCCUUCCCGUCGACAGCAGAGGCGCCUCACAGCCCGCCGGCAGUGCUGACGCUCUACUCGGCAUGGCAACGUCGCUGUGGCCGGUCGUGCACCAGCUAUCCAACCUCGGCGCGCUCAAAGACCAGGUUGUGCGGGCGGAAUCCUGCGGGCAGAUGGUCAAGGCCGAGGAGCUACGCGUUGAGCUGGAGACGACGGCAUCGGCGAUUGAAAUGUCACUGAUGGAAUGGGAGCCUGAGUCGUCCUCGGACCAAGCCGCCAACACGUCUGGUCCGCUGCACGGCAUCUUGCACAAUGCGCGGGCGUACCGUCACUCGGCGCUGGUGCACCUGCACCGCAGCAUCUACGGCGCGCGGCGCGAGCACCCGACGGUGCAAGAGCACACACAUGCCAGCCUGGAGUUUUGCGUCGGGACGGUCGAGAGCCCGGGCCCGAUGGGCGCCCUGCUGUGGCCGCUGUUUGUGGCGGCGUGCGAGGCGCAGACGCCGGCGGACCGGACCAUGGCGACGACGGCGUUUGAGGGCAUUGGGCGGCACCAGGGCAUGGCCAACAUUGAGCAGUCGUGGCAGAUUGUGCAGGAGGUCUGGCGGCGGGCGGACGACGGUGCAAGGGCCAGGGCAGGGGCAGCGGAGGAGGAGGACGGUGGCAUGGCGGCGCUGGGGGCUGGGCUGCAGAACAGCAGCUUGGGGCCUAUGAGGGGACCGGACUUUGGAGAGGAAGAUUUGUGGCGGCAGGUGUGUAGAGAUUUGGGAUUGGCGGUGGUGUUUGGGUGA